AUGCUCUCAUUUCCGAGGCGUUUCCGUUACUUAAAACACGCUGGCGUCACGCAGCAGAGAUGAAGUGUGUGCGCGCUUUCAGACAGAGGACCAGUACAGAGCUGUGACAUACAGGAAGCGCUCAACUUCAACUCAAGGACACCUAACCACUACAGAAUUAUUUCAAUGGCCUCAGGUAUGGCAGAGUUGCUGCGGUUGCUCCUGAGCGUGGCAGAAAAAGCCGCCGAUGUGGCACGGGUCUGUCGACAGGAAGCACCGCUUUUUGAACUUUUGGUACAAGAAAAGACAGGAGCUGACAAAAACAAGAAAUUUGUCCAGGACUUUAAGACGCUUGCUGAUGUGUUGAUACAAGAAAUGAUUCGCCAUGAUGUUUGUGCCCAGUUUCCAGAAUUGACUGGAUUUAUUCAUGGAGAGGAGUCAAACAAGUUUGAGAAUGGACUUGGGGAGAGUGUUACUGUGACCGUAUGCGCUCAGGAAGAGGACACAGCUGCUCUGUUGGCUAAAGUUCUUGAUGGUGAUCAAAACGCAGCGUCUCUCCUGACCAAGGUGAUCCACCAGGACCUUCCGAUUAGAGACGAGACCGCUGAAUCUCUGCAGCUGUCAAUCAGCCCAGCCGAUGUAGGCAUCUGGAUUGAUCCCAUCGAUGGAACAAGUCAGUACAUUGAAGGGAAAGAGGAAGAAGAGGCGGAUGAAGGCUUUUGUCCAUUCGGUCUCCCAUGUGCUCUGGUUCUGAUUGGGGUUUACUUGCGGUCCACUGGCCAACCUGUCAUGGGUGUCAUAAACCAGCCGUUCAACCGCAAAGACUCCACGGGUAAAAGAUGGAAAGGAAAGCACCUCUGGGGCGUUUCGUAUGGAGAUGUGAAUGUUUGCUCCCUCACGCAUCGCAGUCCGUCAUGUCUGCAAAAGAAAGAUGAUUUGUCUGUGCUGCUGAGCUCCAGCGAGAGGCCGGCUGUGAAGGACGCUCUAGCAGCCAUUCCCAGCAGCUCGCUGAUGUACGCGUCCGGUGCAGGAUACAAGAUCCUGUGCGUGGUCCAGGGUCUGGUGGAUGUGUAUGUGCUGUCCGAGGGCAGCACGUUCAAGUGGGACUCGUGCGCUCCUCAUGCGCUCCUGCGGGCACUGGGCGGCGGCGUCUCAGACCUGAGCGAGUGCAUCCGUGCCCACGUCUCUGGAAACAAGGGACACACCGCUGGACUCACCUACCAUCAACCGCACAACGAAAGUCAAGGUGUGGACAGAUGGGCGAACCGAGGAGGAAUAAUCGCGUAUUUGGACUCCAGCGUAAUUGAUAAAGUUGUGGCGGCACUUGUUGGAAAGAUUUAAUAAAAAUGUUAUGAAACUGAAAUGCAAGAGCUUAGUGUUUGCAAGUGUAUUUCUGUAUGCAUAAUCUUAUGUCCUUAUGAUGCUAUUUUUAUGUUGAGAUUUAGUGGCAUAUUGAAAUAUUAAUUUAAGGCUGUAGCUUUUCAGGAGAAAAUAUAUAUUAUAAUGCUUAUCUACAAUGUAUAUAUCAGUAAGUUUUAUUUUUGGAAGACAAAAAGGAAACCAAUUACUGUUUUGCCUCAUUCUCAUUGUAAUGUGUAAAUGUAGAUAAUAUCAUGCUGUACAGUUUCUGAUGGUCACCUGAAAUAAAAGAAAACCCAGACUCUGAAACUUCUCAGGGUUUCAUAUUAUCUAGAUUAUCAUGCAUGUUACAUGGACAUUCAGGCCCUUUUAUGGCGAUUGUUUUUUUUGUAAUCUGGCUCUUUUUUCCCCCCUUAUGCUUUAUUCUAAGUACGACAGAAACGUGUGAAAAUGGGUGCCGUGAGAGUCUCUCACAGGAAAGACAUUUGACUGGCUUGAGCUGUACUUUUCUG